AUGCUGUCUAGUCGUUUAAUACCGCGGACUGCUGUUCGUUCAGCUUUCCGGAAACAGCCCUCUAGCUUCCCAACCAUCGUCCCAACAUCCUCGGCGAUUUUCCGGUGGAGGCGCGGUUUCGCAUCUGAGUCGUCCGAAGAGAAAGACCUCGUCAUCAUUGGCGGCGGUGUGGCUGGCUAUGUUGCUGCUAUCAAGGCUGGACAGGAAGGUCUGAAGGUAGCCUGCAUCGAGAAGCGGGGAGCUCUGGGCGGCACCUGCUUGAACGUUGGGUGCAUUCCAUCGAAGUCGCUACUCAACAACUCGCAUCUCUACCACCAGGUUCUGCACGACACGGCGGGUCGUGGUAUCGAGGUCGGCGAUGUUAAGCUGAACCUGGGCCAGCUGAUGAAGGCGAAGGACCAGUCGGUCUCGAGCCUGACCAAGGGCAUCGAGUUUCUGUUCAAGAAGAACGGCGUAGAGUACGUCAAGGGCACGGGCUCUUUCGUUGACGAGCACACGAUCAAGGUGGACCUUAACGAGGGAGGCGAGUCGACGCUUGUUGCCAAGAACAUUUUGAUUGCGACGGGCAGCGAGGCGACGCCGUUUCCGGGUCUGGAGAUCGACGAGAAGCGUGUGAUCACCAGCACGGGGGCCCUGUCGUUGGAGAAGGUGCCCGAGUCCCUUGUGGUGAUUGGCGGCGGCAUCAUUGGUCUUGAGAUGGGCUCUGUCUGGUCCAGACUGGGCGCCAAGGUCACGGUGGUUGAGUUUCUCGACCAGAUUGGCGGUCCUGGCAUGGACGCGGAGACCUCGAAGCUGGCGCAGAAGCUGCUGAAGAAGCAGGGUAUCGACUUCAAGUUGAGCACCAAGGUGCUCAGCGGCGACACGAGCGGCGACAACAUCAAGCUUGAGAUCGACUCUGCAAAGGGGGGCAAGCCAGAAACUAUUGAGGGCGAGGUGGUGCUCGUUGCCAUCGGCCGCCGGCCUUACACGACGGGUCUUGGACUGGAGAAGAUCGGACUUGAUCUCGACCAGCGUGGCCGCGUGGUGAUCGAUUCGGAGUUCCGGACGAAGCUGCCACAUAUUCGCUGCGUCGGUGACGUGACCUUUGGACCGAUGCUGGCGCACAAGGCCGAGGAGGAGGCUGUAGCCGUUGUGGAGUUCCUCAAGAAGGGCUACGGCCACGUCAACUACGGCUGCAUCCCGUCGGUGAUGUACACACACCCAGAGGUCGCCUGGGUCGGACAGACGGAGCAGGAGCUGAAGGCCCAGGGCAUCAACUACAAGGUGGGCAAGUUCCCGUUCAGCGCCAACUCGCGCGCCAAGACCAACCUGGACACGGACGGCCAGGUGAAGAUUCUUGCAGACGCGGAGACGGACCGGCUGCUGGGCGUGCACAUCAUCGGCCCAAGCGCGGGCGAGAUGAUUGCCGAGGGCACGCUGGCUCUGGAGUACGGCGCAUCGAGCGAGGACAUUGCACGCACGUGCCACGCCCACCCUACGCUGUCAGAGGCGUUCAAGGAGGCGGCCAUGGCGACGUACUCCAAGGCUAUCCACUUCUAA